GGGAGAUACAUUUGUAACUUGAUUCAGUUUGUCCCUGAGGAAAACCUCUCGCUUUGUUUCUUGAGCUCAACAUUUCAGUCAUGGAAACCCUAGCAAAACCUGAUGAAGAAACUCUAAACAGUGGGAGUGCAAAUGUGGUGGGAAAUUGGGGUCCAUCUACGCUCCUCGGGGUGUUAGCUGGUAUGCUAUAUGGUGGUAGCAAGGAAGCUUCUGCAUCUGUUAGUAAGGAUGCAGAAGUGAUGUUAAAGCUAGGUAGCACUCCAGACAAGCGUGAGCAGUAUAGAUUAAUGAGAGAUGCAAUGGAGAAAAGGUUUGUCAGGGUAACGCGUGGGUCAAUAGUUGGCGGGGUUCGCCUUGGAAUGUUCACCGCUGCAUUUUACGGUGUACAGAAUCUGCUUGCUGAGAAACGUGGUCUACAUGAUGCUUAUAAUGUGGCAGCUGCUGGUUCAGCUGCUGCUGCAGCAUUCGGCUUAAUCAUGCCAGGCUCCAUUCAGUGGCGUGCAAGAAAUAUGAUGCUGGGUUCUGUUUUAGGCGCUGCAGUCGGAUUGCCACUCGGUUGGUGUCAUUUGAAGCUUAUGGAAAAGGCAGAUGAACAAAGACUGGCUUAUGAAUCUACACUGCCAGAUAGGAGAGAGGAAAAGGGUGGGGUUGGCGGUGCCAUUGAUAGGCUUGAGGAGAACUUCAGAAGAUCGAAGUAACAGAUGCAAGAAGAAAGUUGUAGGGAAGAAAGGAAACAGAGAAGGAAUAAGAUGGCUCAGACGUACACCGUACAUCCAUUUCUCUAUGCAAUGUAAUCUACGAAAUCCAAGAGCCAAAUUUUGAUUUCUAUAUUUUCUGUUCAUUUUUUAUCUAAUUUUAGGUUUUAUAGUUUGCCAUCUCUCCUGAUUUUUAAUUUUGUUACUUUCUGGCCAUGGAGCAUUGAAGUUAACUCCUGGUCUGUGGGCUGGGGCUGAUCAGGGUUCACCAAGAAAUGACCUAAUUCUAUGGUAAAAGAUAUAUUCCUCUUGUAAUACUUGCAAGCAAACUAAAAUCUGAAUGAUAAUAAAAUUGAAUCAAAUAAAAAUU